CCCCCUCUUAUCUCAAUAAAUACAUGAAGCAACGGAUACAGGCUCGACAUAAGAUUCAUCAAAUUUUCAUGAAAGGAAUUAAGCUUACAUCCUACAUCAAGAAAGAGGUGUUGAAGGUUAAGAAUGCACACUACAAUGAAUCCAAUACCCCACAAGGGAGCAAUACUUCUGCUUCUCUUACAGUUGGUGAUUCAUUGCAGCAUACUACAAUUGAAAUGGUGGGCUGUGAUGAUGAGUUCAACAUGAUAAUGGAUAAGCUGAACCAGCAAUCCAAGCAACGAGAAAUUGUGUCAAUUGUGGGAAUGGGUGGAAUCGGUAAAACCACCUUAGCUAAACGGAUUUAUGGAGAUGCUUCAUUCAUUUCUCGCUUUGAUUGUCGAGCUUUGGUUACUAUCUCACAGGAUUAUAAUCCAAUAAAAGUGCUCAAUGCCCUUCUUCGUUCUCUUGACCCAACAUGGGUCGAAGGUGAAGAAAAGAAUGAAUUGGCUAUGCGAGUAGACAAAUGUGUCAAAGGUAAAAGGUAUUUGAUUGUAAUAGAUGACAUAUGGAGCACAAAUGUUUUGGAUGAUUUAUUGAGAUGCUUUAAGGAUGGCAAGAAUGGAAGUCGAAUGUUGUUGACCACUCGCCUAAAAAAUGUGGCCGAGUACGCUGAUUCACGUGGUAAUCUUUGUCAUAACAUGCGUUUUUUGAAUUUAUAUGAAAGUUGGAACCUUUUUCACAACCAGGUGUUUUCCCAGAGAAUAACUUUGUCCCCUGAAUUUGAAAGAAUUGGUAGAGAGAUAGUAAAGAAGUGCAAAGGAUUACCUCUUACAAUUAAUGUGGUUGCUGGACUCCUGUCAAACUCCAAACAAGACUUAAAUGAGUGGGAGCUAAUUGCAAAAAAUGUUCACAAAGUAAGUAUAGAUCAUUCUAAUCAGCAGCGUGAAAACAUCAUUGACUUGAGUUACACCUUCUUACCUCAUCAUCUUAAACAUUGUUUCUUGUCAAUUGGGUGUUUUCGAGAAGAUGAAGAACUUGCUGAAGAUUUUAUUGUUGAUUAUUGGGUUUCGGAGGGAUUUCUAAAGGUUUUGAGGUCUAAGAGUUUGGAAGAUGUAGCAAGAGAAUCUUUAAAAGAUCUUGUAGAUAGGAAUCUCCUUUUAAUUUCUACAAAGAUUGGUUUUAAUGGAUUAAUGAAUGUAUAUCAAAUGCAUGAUGUGUUGCGUGAAUUGGCCUUGAGAGAAGCUCAGAAGGAGAAUCUAUUAUGUCUAAAAAAUGAUAGGUAUUUCUUUAGUGUGGGGUUUAGGAGAACUCAACUAAGAAACUCUUCUCAUACCUGCAGCACCUUUUUAAGUUGGACUUUUUACAGUCAGCAGUUUCAUGAUCAUUAUUUUAAGUUUUUAAGGGGAUUUGUUUCAAAAAGGGGAUAUGCACUAGGAGUGCGAGACUACGAUGCCUAUGCGUCAAUGGAGUUUAUGGGUCUAGUGCAUUUGAGAUAUCUAAAAGGUGAUGCUGCUUUGAAACUUCAUUCUCUACCCUUAUUCAUGUUAUGGAAUUUGCAGAAGUUGGGUGUUGAUUGUUAUCCUUCAACAAAUGGAUCCCUUAAUAUUUGGGGAUUGCCCCAACUGAAGAAUAUCCAUUUUCCGGGACCCAUUAGAAGAAGACCCUUUAGAUUGGUUCUUCCAAGAUCAGUUCAUCAUAAUUUGGAGAGCAUUAGAUAUUUGGAUCAUAGGAGCUGUACAGAGGAGCUGUUCAUGAGAAUCCCAAAUCUAAGGACAUUGGGAGUUAUGGCAGGUUGUAAAAUUAACCUGAAAUGCAAAGCAUUCAAUUGGUUCGAAAGCCUUGCCUGUUUAUAUAAACUGGAAGAUCUGUUACUUUGUGGCAAACUUCUUCAUCCCAAGUUUAGUACUAUUCAUUCUAUGGGGACUUUGAGCGUAGAGAAUUUUUUGCCAAACCUUAAGAGAUUGAAACUCCUCUAUACAACAUUAAAUUGGAAGAAUAUGUAUGUUGUUGAGAUGUUGCCGAAGCUUGAGGUCCUCAUCUUGGGGGAAGAUGCUGCUGUUGGCGGAAAAUGGAAACCCACAGAUAGAGGAUUUCCUAGAUUAAAGUUCUUAAUCAUACAAGAUUGUGAUCUACAAAUUUGGAAAGUCACGGGUGACCAUUUUCCUGUCCUUGAAUGUCUAGUCCUCAUGAGAUUAUAUGAUUUAAAACAGAUUCCUAGUGACUUUGCUGAUAUAACUACCCUCAAAUCGAUCAAGUUAUAUGAAUGUUCAAAGUCAGCUAUAUCUUCUGCCAAGUGUAUUCAAAAAGAGAAACUAGAGUACGGAAACGAUGCGUUUACUGUUGAUAUUUUACGGAUUGAUGACUUUGAUGAUUCUUUAUGGGAUUAAAGAUCAUUUUCCGUUGGUUGAGAAUGCGUAGAACUAAGUUGGUGCAUAUAUGAUGCUAGAAGAUCAGAUCAGAUGAUUUGGACAGAAUUGAGCUCGGCCACCCGGUUUUGAGCUGAUAAGUUGGGGAAUGGAGCAAAUUGAGAGCUGCAUUUUGGACGUCAAUGGAAGGAUUUGGGACGCUAGCGUAUAGUAUGCACGAGGGCAUGCAAAUCAAGAUUCAGUGAAGAUACUCGAAGGUUGACAACUCUUGUAUCAUCGCUUGAAUAUGGACAAGCUCGUUAGACAAAAAAUUCAAGGGAAUAGAAAUCCAACAGAUCACUCGAUUUUUAUCAAAGGGGUACCUCUCAUGGGAACAAAUGGGAAUCCGGAGAUGGAGGAUUCCAUCGAUUAAAGUUCUUGAACAUGUAUUGUUGCAAUCUAAGAUGUUGAGAAGCCACUAGUGGUCAUAUCUGAUCUGAUCUCAUCACAGAAAUUAAACACCGUUUGGGUACAAAUUAAAUUAUUGUGUGUUUGGAGAUGAUGAGCAAUUAGGCAUGCAUUUGUUUGCACAUAAAAACCAUUAAUUGUUUUCUGAGAUUUUGUUAGCCAAUGAAUAGUGCAGUUGAAUUCUGCUAUUACUCA